CGCGUAUACAACUUGAAUUUCUGCAAGUUGAGGUGAUCGGGGCCGAGACGAUGCGUGCCCAUGGAUUAUCGAUCUCUAAUUUGAUCCAGGCGCAGCGACAUGUGAGUCUUGUUCGGACGACUUGUCCACCGUAUCGCUGUCAUGUACACCGCACCAUCUGCCACCAUGCUCGGAGGCCGAUUCUAUGCAUUCCACCCCGGGUGACGCCCACCACACACGGUCCGAGUAGAACUGCCAAAUCCAAAUCUUCGGUGGUAUUGAAGGACUUGCCUCAGGGCGCUUUAAAACUGGAACCUUUCGACGAUGGUUCCAAUGCUGGCCCUCAAUAUCCGGUUGUUCUGCAGGGACACCGCAACAACAUGCAAAAGUUUAAGAACUGUGUUGUCCUGACCCGCGUUGGCGGGUUUUACGAGCUGUACUUUGAGCAGGCAGAAGAAUUGGCUCCGUUGCUGAACCUGAAACUGGCCAUAAAAAGGACAAGUGCCGGGCCUGUUUACAUGGCCGGCUUUCCUUUUUUCCAGCUGGACCGCUUCCUCAAGAUACUCGUUCAGGACUUGAACAAGUAUGUGGCUAUAAGCGAAGAGUUUGCCAAUGAUGCUGAGGGCAAGCUGCGCAAUAAUGGCCUUCUUUUCGACCGCAAAGUCGCCCGGAUCAUUACCCCCGGCACCCUGAUUGAUGAGAAGUUCAUGGAUCCUUCCGAGAACAACUUCUUGCUAGCGAUCUAUCUGGAUGGCAGCUCCGUCAAAGAGCAGGGGGGCCAGGAUGAUGACUCGUCAAAACAACAUGUGCUGCCACUAGCGUCCCAGAAUGUUGGCCUGUCGUGGUUGGACCUCUCCACCGGUGAUUUCUUUACCCAAGUGAUCACAGCCCAGAUGCUGCCGUCGGCGAUUGCACGUAUAGGUGCGCGUGAGGUGCUGGUUGAUCAAGCCCUCGGAGACGGGGUCAGGCAAGAGCUAGAGCUACUGAGCGGGCAUGACCAACGAUUGAUGACCUUUUUCCCCUUUCCUUCCAAGAUCGAGCCCAUGACGAAGUGGGGAUCGGUGCUCGAAGCACCCAUAUCUGCCAAAGCUGCAGAGUCUUUUACUCACGAAGAGGUAGCUGCUGGCUUCAGCCUACUCGAAUACAUCCGCGUUCAGCUACAAGGAUUGAAUAUGAAGCUUCAACCCCCGCGCCGUCGGGAUUUGGACGAAUCGAUGAGCAUUGACCGGAACAGUCUGAGAGGCCUGGAGAUACUGGAAACGGCCAGGGAUGGCUUCGGUAAAGGGAGCUUGCUUCAUGCGGUACGCAGGACGUCGACGAAGAGCGGUGCGCGGCUGCUACGUGAUCGCCUAACCUCUCCUUCAACCUCUAUGGGUGUGAUCAACGAACGCCUGGACCUCGUGUGUACCUUCAUCGACGAUACUGCCUUGCACAGCAAUGUCAUCGAGUACUUGAAGCGCAGCUACGAUGCGCAGAGAUUGGUUCAGAAGUUUACGCUAGGGAGAGGAGACGCAGAUGACCUGAUAUGCCUUUCCCGCGCCAUCGAAGCUUCAAAAGAAAUCAGGCGGGUGCUGAUGAGUAAAAGGCGAAAAUGUAAAGAUACACCCGCAGGUCGUAGCCUGAAGGCCAUGAUUGAUCGAUUGUAUAUGAACGGGCCCACGAUUCUGGCCGAGAAAAUCACGGCCGCGAUCGACGAAGAGGGGCUGCUACAGAAACAACGCAUUGAAGAUGACACCGCUGCUGAAGCAGCCAUGCUAGCACAGGAGGUGACCUUGAACGAAGGUCUGCCGGGUGAAAUGGAGACUUUGCCGAAGAAAGUCCGGAUGAGGAGCGGCGAACGAGGCGGGUCCGGGACGGCAGAUGAAGCGUCUGCCAUCGAAACCUGGAUCAUGCGGCGCGGCGCCAGCCCUGCUCUCCAGGACCUCCAUCAAAGAAUGGACUGUCUGUACGAUGAGAAGGCGGAACUCACCCAGCGCCUUCGCGACGCUGUCGGGUCGACGGCUCUUUCCCUCAAAUGGACUCCGGGCCUCGGUCACAUAUGCCACGUCAAAGCUGCGAAGAUCUCCCAGCAAUCCCUGGAAGACUUGGGAGUGACGCGGAAUGUCUCAAUGACGAAGUCCACUCGGUCAUUUUACCUGCCAGCGUGGACCGAGCUGGGCGGCCAGAUAGACCAGAUCAAGCUCCAGAUCCGCCAAGAAGAGCAGGCAAUCUUCGAGAUCCUGCGCCGCGAGGUCAUCCUCAACCUCGUCAAAAUCCGCCGCAACGCGGCCGUUCUGGACGAACUGGACGUAGCAUGCUCAUUCGCCACCCUGGCCCAAGAGCAGAGACUGGUCCGUCCAAUCUUCGUCGACGGCCCAUGCCACAAGAUCAUCGGUGGUCGACAUCCCACGGUCAAGCUGGGUCUGGAAGAGCAGGGCCGGCGGUUCGUCAGCAAUGACUGCUUUCUGGGAGAGCCGGACCGAAUCUGGCUCGUCACCGGCCCCAACAUGGCUGGCAAGAGCACCUUUCUCCGACAGAACGCUUUGAUCACGAUCCUCGCCCAAGUCGGAUCGUUAGUGCCGGCCGACUAUGCGGAGAUGGGCAUUGUAGACAAGAUCUUUAGUCGGAUCGGAGCGGCCGACGACUUGUUCCGGGACCAGUCCACCUUCAUGGUGGAGAUGCUUGAGACGGCGGCGAUUCUGAAGCAGGCGACUCCGCGAUCCUUUGUGAUCAUGGACGAGGUGGGUCGAGGCACAACGCCGGAGGAUGGGACUGCUGUGAGCUUUGCAUGCCUGCACCACCUGCACUAUCACAAUCGUUGCCGAACGCUCUUUGCAACGCACUUCCAUACGCUGGCAGACAUGACCCGCGACUUCGAGUCGCUCGGCCGGUACUGUACCGACGUCAAGGAGACGGCGAACGGGGGCUUUUCGUUUGUGCACCGGCUGCGCAAGGGUGUGAACCGCGAAUCCCAUGCCCUCAAAGUGGCCCAGCUGGCUGGCUUGCCCUCCGAGACCAUUGAAUUGGCGCGACGAGUGCGUCACCAAGGACUGAUGACUGACUCGCAUGAGAACCAGGCAACAGCCCCUGUAUGAUGACUGCACAUAUCACUUUUCGAUCACGCACGUCAAUAUUGGCAAUUUAUGUACAUUACUUUCCACUCCCCCCGGCUGUACCCAGCCUCUAUCCUCCAGAAUAUUUCGGUCCA